GCAGCAGAGAUGUUUCAGAACCAGCUACCAGUCUGGGUCCCCCAUUACCCACCAGACUCAGGUGGGGGAGCAGAUGCCGUCCCUCUAGACACCUGUACCUCUGAGGAUCAGUUGUCUCCCUGUUACCUGCUCUCAGUGAGAAUCAUUCGGAUGAAAAAUGUCCGUCAGGCUGAUGUGUUGAGUCUGACAGACUGCUUUGUAAGUCUCUGGCUCCCAACCGCCUCCCAUGAGAAACCGAGAACAAGGACCAUCUCCAACUGCCGCAACCCAGAGUGGAAUGAAACCUUCAAUUUCCGGAUCCAGUGUCAGGUUAAGAAUGUGCUUGAACUAAGUGUUUGUGAUGAAGACUCACUUACUCCAGAUGAUCAUCUCUUGACUGUCCUCUAUGACCUCAGCAAACUCUGUUGCCGAAAACGGACCCAUGUGAAAUUUCCAUUAAACCCUGAGGGCAUGGAAGAACUGGAAGUGGAAUUUUUGCUGGAGGAGAGUCCUACUCCACCUGAAAGACUCCUCACCAAUGGCGUGCUAGUGUCUAGACAAGUUUCCUGCUUAGAAGUCUAUGUGAAGCAUAAAAAACAGAAGAAAAAUAAAAAAAGAAAACAACUAACUGUGACAGUGAACGAAUCCUAUGAAAACACCCAGGCCAUCUCACCCUGCUACAAUUCCUGCAAUCAAUGCCCAGAUCUUGCCUUCUUCCAUUACACCAAAUACUUCCAGCCUCAAAUGCAUGUGGAGGUGCCCAGGAAUCGAUGGAUCUGUAAGCAUUCCUGCUGCUGUGGUGCCUAUAAAAGAAAUCGCUCUGUCUGCGUGUCCCUGGACUGUCUCCCAGAUGAACAGGAGUUGACAGUACCUAUGAGUGAAAACUGUGAUUUACACAUGACGGCCAAAGAUUGCUCUGAUGAGCUGAACGUGAGGCUGGGUUACAGUCUAUGCUCAGAGGAGAUGGAGUUCCUGCAGAAGCGGAAGGUGGUUGUAGCAGAAGCCUUGAAACAGGUGUUGCAGCUGGAAGAGGAUCUGCAAGAUGAUGAGGUGCCGCUAGUGGCCAUUAUGGCCACAGGGGGUGGCCUUAGGUCUAUGACCUCCAUGUAUGGCCACCUUCUGGGGCUUCAGAAGCUGAACAUCCUGAAUUGUGCCAGCUACAUCACAGGCCUUUCGGGUGCAACCUGGACCAUGUCCAACUUAUACAAAGAUGCUGACUGGUCCUCCAAAAACCUGGAGAAGACCAUCCAGGAGGCUCGAAGACAUGCUGUCAAAAACAAGAUCCCUUCACUUUACCCUGAACAACUCAGUUAUUACCAGCAGGAGCUGAAGCAAAGGAGCCAGGAAGGCUACAGAGUCACCUUCACAGACCUAUGGGGUUUAUUGAUCGAGUCCUUUCUGGGGGAUGAGAAAUAUGAAGGGAAGUUGUCAUGGCAAAAAGAGGCUGUGUGCCGAGGUCAGAAUCCCCUCCCAAUCUACCUCACUAUCAAUGUGAAGGAUGACGUAAGCAACCAGGAUUUCAGAGAAUGGGUGGAGUUCACUCCCUAUGAAGUGGGAUUUCAGAAAUAUGGAGCCUUUGUGCCCACAGAAAAUUUUGGCUCGGAGUUCUACAUGGGACGAUUGAUGAAGAGGAUCCCAGAGUCCCGACUGUGUUACAUGCUAGGCCUGUGGAGCAGCAUCUUCUCCUUGAACAUCCUGGAUGCCUGGAAUCUAUCCCACACUUCAGAAGAAUUUUUCCACAGAUGGACAAGAGAAAAAGUGCAUGAUAUUGAGGAUGAACCUUUAUUACCUGAAAUCCCCAAGUGUGAGGCUAACGUCCUGGAGACAACAGUGGUAACUCCUGCCACGAAGCUAUCUAACACGCUGCGGGACAUCCUCACCUACCGAGCCUUCGUGUCUCAGUUCAACAACUUCCUCCGGGGCCUGCAGCUUCACACAGAUUACCUGCAAGAGAGCCAGUUCUCUGCCUGGAAAGACACAGUGCUGGACUGCUUCCCAAACCGACUGACGCAGUCUGAGAAUCAUCUCUGCCUACUGGAUACAGCGUUCUUCGUCAACUCCAGUUACCCACCCCUCCUAAGACCUGAGAGGAGAGCUGAUAUCAUUAUACAUCUCAAUUAUUGUGCAGGUUCCCAGAUAAAGCCCCUAAAACAGACCUGUGAAUACUGCAAAGUACAGAAUAUUCCAUUUCCUGAAUAUAAUGUGAAAGAAGAAAGUGAAGAUGUUCUAAAGGAGUGUUACUUGUUGGCACCUGAUGAAGAUGCCCCAGAUGCCCCAGUAGUGGUUUUCUUUCCACUCAUCAAUGGCUCUUUCCAAAAGUAUAAAGCCCCAGGUGUAGAACGGAGCCCUGAUGAAAUGGAGGAUGGAAAUGUUGACAUCUAUGGCCAUAAUACUCCCUAUGCCACCAAGGAGGUAACAUAUACAGAGUCUGCUUUUGACCGAAUGGUGAACCUCUCUGAAUACAACAUCCUGAAUAACGCAGACAUGAUUCUUCAGGGAUUACGUCUAGCUGUGGAAAGGAAGAAGCAAUUCAAAAAAAUGUGCUCAUCGUAAACAUGGUGACCCUCACAGAGAGCGGUUCUGUUUCUUCCACUAUUAUAUGAGAGUCCAAUGCCAACUGAUUGGUUGAUAGGGGAUGUGUUUUCCAGCUGAGAGAAGGACACACUCAACCUGACUUGGACGUGGACCUGCUACGCGUACUAGGGAGAGGGAGAUGAGAGGGAAGGGGAAAAGCCAAAAUCACAACUGAGAGGGACAUUGGGCUUUCAUACCCAAGAUGAAACCCUUGACAUAUUCUUAAUUUAGAAAAAAAAAAAAAGAAAGAAAGAAAGAAACCCUCUUCUGGAAUAACUCCCUAAAGUGAAGGGAGCACCAUUGCCACAGGUAUGCCAUCAUCUGAGAAGACUAAGAAUUUGUGACAGGGAAAAAAUCUAGAAUCAGAGCUUAUUUUAGCGGAGAAGAAACUUGAUACAGUAGAAAAAGAAGAGGGGGGGAAAGUAUUUGUAAUCAGAAGACUUGAACUGAAAUCCAAAAGUUUUGUCACUUAAUAUUUGUAUGACUGUGAGCAAUUCAUUUCACCUCUCUAGUUAUAGGAUAAGAAGAACUAACUGAAAAGAUCAUUCUUCUCUAUAAAGUGCAUAUAAUGACUUCAGCCUCUUCUCUCUCUCAUCUGCCCCAGGAAAAGGGGGAUGUGAUCUGUAAAGCAGUUUUAGAUUUCUCCAGGAAAAAAAAAUUAAAUUUAUAUUACUAUGGUCAUUUUUAUUGGUCAGGGUACUGAUGAUGUGUAGACAACAAAGCCAUUUUGACAUCUUCAAUGACAUAGCCAAGCAGGUGAUCAGAUUUUAGUUUACUGCUCAGAAUUAAAAUGGACUCUUGAUUACAUGAAAUCUGUUUAAUAAAAUAAGCAGAGCUCCCAGCAAAUAAUAGGCAAAAUUCAAGACAUGUUUAGAUUGCUGAUGUUAGGGAAUAGCACUGCUCAGGGAUAUAGUUUAGAAACUAUGAUAAAGACUCCCAACAACAAUUUGGAAAAGCCUGUAAGCUAUGAGAGUCCUGCAAUAGAGAAUUCUGAGCCAUGUUCAUGGACCAUUGACUUCACAGAAUAGGUGUUCUCAGGACCCAGAAGCCAAGGUCAACUGAAAGUGUCCUCUUGGAGUAUUUGAUUUUGGGUCCUUUUCCACCUCUACCUCUCUCCUUGCCAUUCACAAUCAGGUCAUGAUUACUAUUAUUUAUCAUGUAAGCAUAAUAAUUUAAAUUAUUGAAGAGUGAGCCAAAUUACAGGGCCUGUGUAUGUUGAAGGUGAAAACAACAGGAUCCUUAAUUACCUUGAAGCUCAGAUAAUGAGAUUUAUAUACAUACUGUAUUACAUGAAAGUAUCAAUUCUUUGGUGAACUUCAAUAUUGAAUUAAACUGAUGGUUUAAUCAGUGUAUUUGAUUAUUCUGCUCUUAUUGUCUGAUUAACAUAAAUCUUAGUCACAUCCUCAACACUAUACCUAGAUUACUACAAUAACUACAAUAACUAAUUGAUCUCUGUCUUUUCCUCUGCUCCUAGCCCAGCAUAUCCUAGUUUUAGAAUUCUCAUGAGUU